CAUCUUCUUCCUCUUUCAGAGCGUUAGCAGCAGGGCCUGAUGGUGCAGCCUUUGCCCUAAGAGAGACUUCAGGGGUGGCGUCUUUGGAAUCAUUUGGAGGUUUUCUUGGAGCAUAGAUUGAAGAUGGAGGUAGAAGACUCAGCAGGCAUUUCAGCAGAAAAGAACCAUUAUGCUAUCGAGACUGAAAGGAGUGCAAAAUCAUUAGAAAGAAAAAGGCAGAAAGUCCUGGAUGAGAAGAUUGUCAGAUCAGAUGGACAGCAACAGCACUUCAGUCGAUUCUCAUACCAGGAGGCAGAGGGUCCCCGAGAGGCUUGCGCCCGACUCCACCAUCUUUGCCAUCAGUGGCUGAAGCCAGAAAGGCACACAAAAGCUCAGAUCCUGGACCUGGUGAUCCUGGAACAGUUCUUGGCCAUCAUCCCCUUGGAGAUGUCCGGCUGGUUGAGGGAAUGUGGAGCAGAGACCAGUUCCCAGGCAGUGGCCCUGGCCGAAGGCUUCCUCCUGAGUCAGGCAGAGGAGAAAAGGCAAGAAGAGCUGAAGAUCAGAAACCUCUCAGUGGGAGUUCAAUGCGAUUUCCUUUCAACAGAGAAGACUCUAUUGGACAGCAGAAAGAAUAUUUUCCCAAGACAGGAGAAACAUGAUGAUGAUGAUGGAGUUUCCCCCUUGAAGG